AUGCGAGUGAAGCAUGUCCUGUUCGAUCUCGAUGGUCUUCUCAUAAACUCAGAAGAUAUAUACACGGCUGAGUUGUCUAGGUUCCUUUCAAGUUAUGGGAAGGAAUAUAGCUAUCAGGUGAAGCGCCUUAUGAUGGGUCGCAAGCCCUUGGAGGCUGCCGCUAUUAUGUGCAGAGAGUAUAAUCUUCCCAUGAAACCUGUUGAAUUAGUUGAAGAAUACAAAAGGCUGUUUCCGAUGGAAAUCUGGCACACUGCCACACUGAUGCCAGGAGUGCAAAAACUGAUCGAAUAUUUUAAGGAAAAUUCUAUUCCUAUGGCUGUUGCUUCUGGCUCCAUGUCUCAACAAGUUCCACACAAAAUGUGGAAUCAUAGGGAGGUAUGGCAACAUAUUAGUCAUGUUGUAGCAUCUGGUGAUGACCCAGAGGUUUUGAGAGGCAAGCCCUCGCCAGAUGUGUUCCAGGUCGCACUAAAGCGAUUCAACGACCCACUGGCGCGUCCAGAAACAACACUGGUCUUUGAGGAUGCCUGGAACGGUGUGCAGGCUGGCUUGGCAGCGGGUAUGUUCGUAGUGUGGGUACCCGAGGCCUUUGAGGGUCCCAAUUUCCCUGCCGAUGCUGACCUCAAUGAGGAGGAGAAGACCCGUGUUAUACGCCUCAACAGCCUUGAGGAAUUUGAUCCCUCUCUCUUUGGUCUGCCACAUUACUAG